UUAACCUAUCAGUGCCAAUAACUUUAAGGAAAUACCAUUUGGUAGCUCUGAUAAAAAAUAAACUUAAUUUCCUUAUUGCGACUAACUGUGUAAAUAUGGGCGAUUGGGCUAAAAAAGCAGAGGAUCAGGAGGUGUCUCAGCUGGUUGACAAACUUAAUAUAGAUUCUGAUACUGGUAAUACCCACAAUAAAAAGUGUUUAGAUUAUGAUUUACGAGUUUCUAAAUCAGACGAGGAAAACGAAUUUGAUGUCGCUGAUCCAGCUGAAACAAGUCUCCUCAUAAAAAUACUGGGAAAGGGGCUGGUGAACACAAAAUUAUCUCUCGACAUCCAACAAAAAAAUCCAAAUUCACCCUUACAUUCCGUGAAAACAUUUGAAGCUUUACACCUUUUUACAAACAUUUUAUUUUUUAGAAAGGCGUCUUUGUUAAAGGGAAUUUACGCAAUGGGUUUUAAUACUCCAUCAAAAAUUCAAGAAACAGCGUUGCCCACUCUACUUGCAGAUCCACCACAAAAUAUGAUAGCACAAAGCCAGUCUGGGACAGGCAAAACAGCUGCAUUUGUAUUGGCAAUGCUUAGCCGAGUCAACGUCAACUUAAAUCAUCCUCAGGUUUUAUGCUUAUCCCCUACGUACGAGUUGGCCAUUCAAACUGGAGAAGUGGCUGCACGAAUGGGACAAUUUUGUCCGGAAAUAAAGCUGAGAUUUGCGGUCCGUGGUGAAGAGGUUGAUCGCAGUAAAAAAAUUGAGGAACACAUUUUGAUUGGCACCCCUGGAAAACUUUUGGAUUGGGGAAUAAAAUUUCGUUUAUUUGAUAUGAAGAAAAUAAUCGUUUUUGUAUUAGAUGAAGCAGAUGUAAUGAUAGCCACCCAAGGUCAUCAUGAUCAAUGCAUUCGAAUACACAAAAUGCUGAAUACACAAUGCCAAAUGCUGUUUUUCUCUGCUACUUAUGAUAAAGAGGUUAUGGACUUUGCUCGGCUAAUUGUUGCAGAUCCCACAAUAAUAAGAUUAAUGCGUGAAGAAGAAUCACUUGAAAACAUAAAGCAAUAUUAUGUUAGGUGUAAAAAUGAGGAAGGAAAAUAUAAUGCGAUUCAAAAUAUUUACGGUUGCAUAAGCGUUGGUCAAGCUAUUAUAUUUUGUCAUACACGAAGAACUGCUGCUUGGCUUGCAGCAAAAAUGACCUCGGAUGGCCAUUCUGUUGCUGUUCUUUCCGGGGAUUUGACAGUUGAACAAAGACUUGCUGUCUUAGAUCGUUUCCGUUCUGGACUUGAAAAAGUGCUUAUAACUACAAAUGUUUUAUCUAGAGGCAUUGAUAUCGAACAAGUUACAAUUGUAGUCAAUUUCGAUUUGCCCGUAGACGUUCGUGGGAUGGCUGACUGUGAAACUUAUUUACAUCGAAUAGGUCGCACUGGAAGAUUUGGUGAUAUAACCGCACAAGACGACAGUAAAGCCUUGCCAUUGGAGCGACUGCAGCUUCCGGAAAAAUCCCAGCCUAAUCGAGUCUUUUGAAUUAAAGGCAAUACAUCUAUGCGCUGAAGGCGAUUGAGAUCUGGAUCUGCAAGCUGAAGGUUUUCGGGUUUGUUCUUCUAGCCCAAACCACUAUUAAUUCGACAUGACUUUUUUGCAGUGCGCAAUGUUCAACACAUGAUAUUUUCAAUAGUAUAUAGUAUAGUAUAUUGUUUAGUAUAGUAUAGUAUAUUGGUAUUCCUAAUCUGUAGUACUGUAAAAAAUAUCGUGUGUUGAAUUAAUUAGUGGUUUUGGGCUUGUAGCUGCAAACGUCGAUGUAAAAACUUGGUUGAUGUUUGGACCUGAAGGCUGGGUUCUCCAAAUGCUCCUCGCCGGAUCCAGCUUUUGGGCAAGAGCUUGGACGAUGAUGCACACAGCAGUUUGCUCCGUUGUACCCAAUCCAUUUAGAGCGCUAGUAUGUGCGCUGAAUUUAUACGACAAUGGCUUUAUCACGAAAGCCAUUGCAGCGGGACCACUUUGCACUGUCCUUAAUCUCAGUAACAUGGGCCUGGAAUAGCAUACGCCGACUAUCAAAUUUGUUUUGUAACAACUUCAAAGCCAAAUCAUAGUUGCCCUCCGAAAUUUCCAGCGAGCGAGUGGUUUCCAACGCAAAGUCCCGCAGAAAAGAUCAUAGAUGCUGUGCUUCUCUAUAUUUGUAAGGUCCAGAUAAUUAUAUAUGAUUGUAGUAAACAUAGAAUAAAAAUCUAGCCAUUUAGCAGAGCCUCCAGCGAAUCUUACGAGACCAAGAGGGGCAGAGUCGGUGCCCUAUGACGGAGUGGAGGCUGGUGAUGGCCACAAUCACACGGAGAAAUGCUGUCAGCAAAGGUUGAGUGGAAGUGCAUUACAAUGACCCACAAUCAUAUUUUGAAAAUUAAAAUAAAGCUUACAAAAAUAAGAAAUGUGAUUGCAAUAUUAUUAAACACUUAAAACCAACAUGUAAUUUUAAGCCAGUUGGACGGAUGAUAUAAUAAAAUACAUAAAAUUAAACACAAUCGUCACCUGUAACUUAACCCAAACCAUUCUUAAACAAAAUUUCCUAAAUUAAAUUAGUAAUAUAAAAAUAGAAGGAAACAAAAUUAAAACCCAGUGUAAAAUAUAAAUUAAUAACAUAAAUUUGAGUGAAAAUCUUUAAAAAACAGAAGAGAUUUACACCACUAUACACAAUUUUAAUUUCUGAAUAGAUUCAUAACUAAUCAGUACAUCUCUGAUGUUGACAAUAUCCCCAAGGUCAACCCCUACAUACUCUCAUACUUAAAUACAGGCCAAUUGCUAAGAUAAGCAAUAUUGCUUUCAAAAUAAAAACGAUUGUUUGUAAAAUAUUAAUGCGAAACGUCUGAUACAAACAUCUUUACUGUUAUUUUAUUAUCUCUCUGCCGAUUUAUGUAAAUAAGAACAAGAAAGAAAGCUAUAGUUUAGAUACUUGACUAUAAGAUAGCCGCAAAGUUCUAAAACAAACGUGCAUAGCGUAGCUUCUAAAGUUCUA